UGACGUAGUUUCCUUCUCCAGGGUGUCCAUCAGCCAUGGCUUCAGACCAGGAGUCGUGUUCGGACGAGGAGCCCGACAGCGAGAUGCUGAGCGAUGAUCUGUGUCUCCCAGACAGCGAUGACGACCGGCAACCCAGGACUGUGCAGACCCUGUCCGAGGACCUGCAGCCCCUGAACUCUUGCAUCAUCCGCGCACCUCGCAAGCUCUUCACGAACUGCCGCGAGCGCUGGCGGCAGCAGAACGUGUCGGGUGCGUUUGCUGAGCUCAGGAGACUGGUGCCGACCCACCCGCCUGACAAGAAGCUGUCCAAGAACGAGAUAUUGAGAAUGGCUAUUAGGUACAUAGGCCUUCUUUGCGAAGUCUUGGAGUGGCAAAAGACUCACGGCCUAUCCAUGAACAAGGAAAACUCCGCAUCUCUCGCCAUCAAAUGCGAAUCACCUCUCAGUCCUCAAUCUCGACGACUGCUCCUGAAGCGGCCUUAUUACGAAGACGAAGGUCCUAGAGCUAAGGUCUUCGACAGCGACCAGAGGUGUGGUAACGAAGAGAAUGAGGAAACUAUCUUCCGAAGAUCCUGCCAGAGGACUUCGAUCAGUACAAGGACAGAAAUAAUCUUCGGGAAGGACCAUCUGAGAGUUUUUAAGAAUCAGUACUACUUUCCUUCUAGAUGGAGGCAGAAUAUGCCGUUCAGGAAUAUUGCUGAUAGGAAUGGUAAUAAUUUGUUGAUGAUAGCUCCCGCACAGAAUGGUAAAGAUGAUGGUAAGAAUGGUCAAAAGACAAGGACAAGGACGAUGGUAAAUAAAGCGAUGGUGAAUUUAAUGUUGGUGACAUUUAUUAAUUUUGGAAUCGUUUGUUUAUCCCAAUUGAACAAGUUUUAGAACUUGUUAAGAAGGACGUUUAUCGCGUAUCCAUAAUACAUGGAUUAUUUUACCAAAUUCCAUAAAAUCAAAGCGAGUUUCCCAUUUAAGGAAUUUAGGCACUGGGUUUUGAAUAACUGCAGUUUUAAAACACUUUUAUUGUAUUCAGGUUUAGAUUUUAAAGCCAGUAUAGUUACUGACCAUAAUAGUUUAGCUCACUGGACGAGCGCGGUGCUAUCAUUCAGAGCAUCUUGCAUUCAGCAUGUAAAAUAUUGAGAAAAUAUUGAGUGGUGAUAAUUGGUUAGGCGAUAAAAGAGGCACUAUAAGUAGGUGGGACAUUGAAUUGAACCUUAACUCAUUCAUUAAAGAAGAUCCGUGGUUUUAUCAACUGUAUAUUCGUAUGAGUUGUAAUUGUUAUUAUUUAAGCUAAGAUGUAUAAAGGCUAUUUCAGUUUCCGAGUAAAAAUAUGUUUCUAUUCGAGCGCGGCAAAGUGAUCCCAUUGCACCCUAUGGUAAGUGGA